AUGUUUGCAUUUAGACAAUCAUUAUGUUUGGUCAAUAGACAAGCUAUUAGAUCAAUUGCUUCAUCUACAUCAUCAACAGCAGCAGCAUUUUCAUCAUCCUCUUCAUCUGGUAUCAUUUUCAAUAAUAAGAUCAACUACAACUACAACACUUACAAUACAUCUGCAUUGACACAAACACUUAAACAACACUUGUUCAAUCAAUCAAAGUCAAAUACUUUAUCAUUCAACUUUAACAUUGAACCAUUAAAUAUUAAUAAUAAUAACAAUAUCAUCGAAAUUGAAGAACCAACUAAUAACAGUAUCAUCAAUGAAGAUGAAAUCAACAAUGUAAACAUUAUUAAAAAUAGAAAUAGCAACAAGACAGCUGUCCCAUUGCAAAUGUCGAGUAUCAUGAAAAAGAGAGAGAUUAUGAUGAAGAAUCACAAGAGAAGAAAAUUAAGAAGAAAAUUGAGAUCAUUAAAGAAGAGACUUGGAAAGAUUUAA